UUGACUUUGAGGUGGCGGACGUUCGCCAUUUUUGGUGAGCUUCUAGCAAAGCUGUUUACUUGUGCCGGAAGCUUGUGCUCAAAGUAAUUGACUGCGUAUCGUGAUAUCGUUACCAUUUUGAAGAGAAGUGAUGGCUGAGUAUCUUGCCUCGAUCUUUGGCACUGAAAAAGAUAAGGUCAACUGUUCAUUCUACUUCAAAAUCGGAGCUUGCCGUCAUGGGGAUCGCUGCUCACGUAUUCACAAUAAACCUACAUUUUCGCAGACCUGUUUGCUGCAGAAUUUAUAUGUGAAUCCUCAGAAUUCGGCUAAAUCCGCCGACGGAAGUCACUUGGUGGCCAACGUUUCGGAUGAAGAAAUGCAGGAGCAUUACGACAACUUUUUCGAAGAUGUUUUUGUUGAAUGUGAGGACAAAUACGGCGAAAUUGAGGAAAUGAAUGUUUGUGACAAUUUGGGAGAUCAUUUGGUCGGCAAUGUUUACAUAAAAUUUCGGCGCGAAGAAGACGCUGAUCGGGCGGCGAAGGAUCUCAACAAUCGUUGGUUCGGUGGACGCCCAGUAUACUCUGAGUUGUCACCCGUGACAGACUUUCGUGAAGCUUGUUGUCGCCAAUACGAGAUGGGCGAAUGCACACGUUCUGGAUUUUGCAAUUUCAUGCAUCUGAAACCGAUUUCACGUGAAUUGCGCAGAUAUUUGUAUUCUCGACGACGUGGGCGCUCUCGUUCGCGUUCGCGAUCACCUAAAGGCGGCCGGCCACGAGAACGCUCACGUGAACGUAAUCGCCGUUCUAGAAGCCGAGAACGUAAAGGACCCGAGCGAAACGACAAUGGUCGCAAAGGAAGGUAUUAAAGAAGUUCAUAUUUUGGCUAACAAUUGUAAAACGACGAAGUCCGAUAAUUAAAGCAGAUUGACUAUA